CUGAAGUUUUAAGUUUCAGUUUCUGUGGAACAUAUGGGUAGCUUGCACUUUUAAAUGGUUUCCUGCAUCUUUCACUUUAUAUCUUCUUCAGUAUUUGCGUGUGAAACUGCUCUCUAAAGUUCACUCACUGGUACAAGCCACAAUACUGAUCUUGUACUUUUCUUAUGGAAAAGAAUAACAGAGUAACUGCAUAAAUAAGCAGUAAACAGGCUCCCUGGGGGAAGGCAGCAGGUAGAUUGGGAUCUAGCAAUAAUAUUUAGACGUUAAGCAGUUUACAGAGUCAGCAGCAAUUGUUCCUGUUGGCAUCCUAUAUAUCAUCUCUCCUUUGCAAGCUGCAUUGGUUACCAGUUGGGUUCUAAAUACAAUUCAGUGUUCUGGUUAUUACCUAUAAAGCCCUGUAUAGUAUAUUCAGAGGCCUGGAGAUCUGGACCCUUUAUCUCCAAUUGUUUCUGCCAACCUGGUUUCUUCUGACAGACUGGGUGUGUUGCAGUAGCCUUUGUUAAAGAUUGUCAUCCUGUGGAACUGAGAAAGCAUGCCUCCUCUGUCACAACCCAUACACUCUAGAACAGCUUCCUCGCAAAGAAAAGAAAGGAAAACCUACCUCUACAUAAGUCCAGUCUCCUAUACAUGUGGAGGAGAGGGAAAGAAGGCCCCGGAGAGUUAAAAAGCAACUGAGAAAAAUGGCUGCAGAUGAAAGGAAUAAAAACCUCCUCCAGGAAGUUUGGAAGAGAAAAGAAAAUGCCAUGUGUGCAGAUUGCGGGCAGCCGGAUCCUUGCUGGGUCUCCUGUACUUUGGGUACUUUCAUCUGUUGUGAGUGCUCAGAAAUACACUACAAGAUCCCUAACAUAAGUGAAGUUAAAUCAAUAAAGAAGAGUUGCUGGGAGGAAAGCCAGAUACAGUUUCUGGCCCAGCACGGGAAUGCACUAGCCAAAGCAACGUAUGAGGCUCAUGUACCUGCUUAUUAUUAUCGCCCAUCUUACAACGACUGUCAAGUCCUGAGAGAGCAGUGGAUACGAGCCAAGUAUGAACGGAAGGAAUUCCUGGAGCCAAAGAAAGAAGUUCUUUAUUCCAAUGGCCUGAAGGAAGGGAUCCUGUGGAAACGAGGCCGGGAUAAUGAGCUAUAUCAGCCACGCAGAUUUCUUCUGUCUGAGAAAGAGAGAUGCCUGAAAUAUUUCGUCAAAGAGGAUGCAAAAGAACCCAAAGUAGAAGUUAAAAUUGACACUGUCAACGCCAUGUUCCAGACAGAAAAGAUGAGGCAUUCCAAUGGCUUGCAGAUCACUUAUCUUAAACAUAACAAGACUCGCAACAUCUUUGUUUAUCACGAAUAUGGGAAGGAAAUUGUGGACUGGUUCAAUACAAUCCGUGCUGUAAAAUUCCACCACCUUAAAGUUGCCUUUCCUGGAGCUAGUGAUCAGGAGCUGAAAACCCGAUUAACAAGGAAUUUCCUAAGAGAAGGUUAUAUGGAAAAAACUGGACCCAAGCAGAAGGAAUGUUUCAAGAAACGCUGGUUCAGUCUAGAUCACCGAAGGCUGAUGUACUUCAAAGAUCCCUUGGAUGCUUUUGCUAAAGGUGAGGUUUUCCUGGGCAAUGGGGAACAAGGAUAUAAUGUCAUAAAAGGAUUGCCACAUGCCAUGCAGGGUAGGUUCACCUGGAAACAUGGCAUCAUUAUUGUAACUCCUGACCGCAAGUACAUCUUCACUUGUGAGACGGAGAAAGAGCAGGAGGAAUGGAAAGCUGUCUUCAGCCACGUGAUGAAGCAGCCCAUGACGCCCCAGGAGUAUGCAAUUGAAGCUAAUUUCAGGAUCAAACAUUAACAUCUCUGAGGAAGAGUGAGUCGCUGCUAGUUUCUGGGUCUAUAGUUUUUGAAUACCACAGAGGAAAAGACUUUCUGGAGUCAAAGCAGCCCAUGCAUUCGUUCAGAGCUGGAAGAAGUGUUGAAAGAAAUAAAAUCCAUUUAGACAGCCCUCUGCCAAAAUACUGCUGGACAACUGGCCCUCAAAAUCAUUUUGACCCUGAAUUACACUUGGUAUAGAAAUAAGCAGCACAAAGACUGAGGUAAAGUAGCUGAUGGAUGCUACUGCAAUGCCCUACAAUAAAUUGAAUGGUUUGUUUUGCAUUGACCAAAAUGUGCAUAUUCCCACCUAGGGUGCUACCACUGCUUGCUGAUGAUUGGCCACUGUUUGCUCUCCUUGUUUGGUAUUAUGAUAGAAGCAAAGCAAAUUUUGGAAGAGGAAGGAUCAUUAGCUUGGAAAGUAAGCUUUGCACACUUCAAAAAUGGUUUGGAAUUAUCUGUCUUUUUUAGGCUUCCAUGCAACCCUGAAAAAAGAUAUGUCUGUUUUAAUUGUUCAGUUGUGACUUUUAAUACAGCUGAAUCUCCCCCCCCCCCUCAGAUACACACUCAAAAAAUAGCAGGAAGCUUUACCAAACAGCAGAGAAGUGAAGUGCAAGAUUCAUAGCAUAUUUCUUUCAAAACAUUUUCAAAGUUUCUGUCCUGGAAGCUAUGUCCUAAAAGAAGAGAUUGCAGGAACUGGAUAUGUUCAGCCUUGAAAAUGAGGGUAGUGGGUGGGAAAUAUGAUAACUGACAAUUUCUGAGAUUGGUGAUGAGAUCCUGGCUGAGUUCGACGCAGAAUCAUAGAAAAUGAGGCUUGCUUUAAUAUGUGUUCUUGAAAUAAUUGGGAGUUGGCUUUAAUUGUCUAAAAGGUUCUUUUAAAUCUAUGAUUCUCCAAACCUCAUCACAUCUGUCACAGACCACUGCAUAAGAUGAUGAGCAUCCUGAUUAGAUCAAGGCAGAUAUUGGGUAUGAUUGACUUAAAAAACCCAUAUUUUAUUCCAGAUAUAUUUUAAAUAUCUUAAAAUUAUAAUGCUACAUAAACAAUUCUGUGGGGAAUUUUUUUUUCAGUACCAUUUUUUCUAUUAUACCAUAAGUAGUGUUGAUUCCACUAACUAGUUUGUCUUACUCCAUCCUAGCCCUCUUCUUUCCUAACACAGCUCUUAAUUUUCUAUUUUAUUUCUAAGACAAUUAAGGACCUUCCUUCUCUGUUACAACAAUGCACAAAAGGGGAGAAGUUGGGGUUGGAGAAAGCAACGGAGAAAGUGACAGAAAGCUGAAGGAAACACAUGGGAGUUAGAUGGGUGGAAGACAUGAUGGUUUAAAUACACAGUGUCAUUCUUCAUUAGCUAACAGUCCAGUAGUUAUUGCUGAGAAUAUUAGCAUUUGAGUGUGAAGCCGUGAGUCAGACAUAUUCCUCCCCCAUAAAGGGGAAUGCUAUUUUUGAGUAGAGGACAGUCAGUUGGGCAGCAGAAGACAUUAAGAAGAAAUCUGUUGGAUUGCUCUGAAAUGAUUGAUUUGCAUUAAUGGGCUAGCAGAUGAAUACUGGAAUAGAAAGAGAAGUUGAAGAAUCACAGAUGCACAGGACCCAAUCUUUAGAGGUUGAAAAUAGAAAGAAGAAACCAUGCUGUUCCAUUCAUAAGAUGCACUUCUUUCAGUCAAUGGUCUUUCUCUAAGGAAUGGUAAGAAGCAUCGCUGAGCAUGACACGCAAGGAAGCCUGCCAUCAUUCCUUAUGAAGAACAGGUUUCUUUCCUCAUAUCCAACCUAUUUUGGUUUUUUCUCCAUCAGCAUUCCCAACCCUUCUUAUUGAGCUUAACUGUCAGACUUGUGAGGCACAAAAUUUGCUUAUGAUAGUUUUCUGUGGAACUGGAGUCCAUUUUGGCUAUUCAGUGAUGGCGGAACUCAU